AUGGCGCCCACUUUUCAAAAUCCUAUCAUCCGAGGGUUCAACCCCGAUCCUACAGUUUGUGUCGUCCCGUCAUCCACUCCAGGAGGCAAGUCAACCUACUACCUUAGCACGUCGACCUUCGAAUACUUCCCUGGUUGCGCUAUCUAUCGUUCCACUGAUGUCAUAAACUGGAAAUUGAUCGGUCAUGCGCUGACUCGGCCCUCGCAACUCAACCUUCGUACUGUGGAGCCAGGGGCAGGAAGUUGGGCAUCGACUUUGCGCUACAGACAAGACGAGAAGCGAUGGUACCUCUUUAAUGGCCUCUUUCACCGCUAUCGACCUAGUAGCGAUGAACGUAUCUUUCCAAGGGGCUUCUAUGUCUGGACGGACGACAUCGACACAGAUGGGAGUUGGAGUGACCCUGUGUACUUCGAUAACCCUGGCUUCGACCAAGAUGUCUUCUGGGAUGAUGAUGGGAAGACGUAUCUGUCGACCACAGUAAGAGUCGCAGAUCGAGAUCCGGCAAGCAAGUUAAAAGACUUCGCCAUUCACAUUUCAGAGAUCGAUUUGCCAACGGGACGGACAUUGACACCGCCUGCGUGCAUCCGGCAAAGUAAGUACGGCGUCGCUGAGGGAAGCCACAUUAUGAAGAAAGAUGGUAUCUACUAUUUGUUUGUUGCCGAAGGAGGUACAGAAUCAGGACACCAGGAAUGGGUGUUCAGGAGCGAGAAAGGGGUAUUCGGUCCAUGGGAAAGUCAAGGAAAGCCUUUGUGGUACAACGGAUCAGACGAAGAAAUUCAGAGAACGGGCCAUGCAGAUGUCUUCGAAGACGAACGGGGUCGAUGGUGGGGUGUCUUCCUGGGGGUGAGACCCGUGGAGCAGGACAAGCAGUAUCUCGAACCUCAGCUUGGGCGAGAGACUUUCUUGGUCAAAGUUGAGUGGGUGCAUGGCUGGCCAGUGUUCAACGACGGAAAGAACAUCAAAAUCGAGACGGAAGGUCGCGAUGAAGUUAGCCAGCUCGUUAUUCAGUCUAAUCCCGAUGGAAUCCGGUGGCAGGCUACUCUUGAUCACGAAAGUGACGAUCUUGAGCUCGGAUGGUACCAGAAGAACACCCCUCUCAAGGCCUUCCACUCAUUCACCGAGCGUCCAGGCUACUUGCGUAUCCAUGGCGGAUGUUACGGCCUCUCGUCUCCAGAAGCGCCUGCGCUUCUAUUGCGAAAGCAGGAGAGCUUCCACGACAAGUUCUCGGUGACGUUGGAGUUCAACCCUAGUCGUAAAGGGUACGAAGCUGGCAUCACCAUGUGGUGGAGCAUGUACUCUUUCGCCUCGAUCGGUAUAAUGUCUGUGGUCCACAAUGGCAAAUUAGUCCCCACCGUAAUUUGCAGGAAGCCCACCGGUACAGUUGGAAAGCUGACAACGACGUAUCCCACUAUCGCAAGCCAGCCUGAAACACAAGCGUUCGACGCGUCUGCGCCUGCACAGUUGUCAGCUCAAGCGACACCCACUACCUAUAUCCUGGAACUGUCACAAGGAGAGUCCAAGUGGGCUUUCUCGUUCAAGACCAAGGACCUCUGCAUCAUACCCCCUGUAGGCGGUGCUUUCACAGGGGCAAUGUUUGGGAUAUACUCGGUCGGGUCUUGGGAGCCAGUGCUCGAUCCGGCAGACUUCAAGGACAUCGCCAUUCGGCAGCAAAGCAAGGUUGUGGAGAAGGGACACGCAGUGGGAAAGACCGAAGUCGACGGAUCAGCAGCAUAG